AUGAAAAAUUCCAAGGAAAUAGACCAAUACUUCAAGAUGGAUGAGCAGGCUCUUGGCGAAAUGGAAGAGAGAAGGCCGUCUGUAAGAAGGGUCAGCUUUGCACUGGAGCCGCAAAUAGCAUACUCCCAAGUAAAGGACGAGCCAAGCAAGUCAGAAAGCAGCUCUAUCAGCAUGAGCAUGGAAAUGGCGCACAAAACAUCAAUGGAAAUGACGCUGGACGACCAGCUUCUAGAUGAAGAGCUCAUGCAGAAUGAGACACUUCCGCUGUGCGAAGAGAAAGAGGAAAACUUCAUUAUGGAUGACUCAGAGGACACCAUGGAAGAGCGAAGAAUGAGCAUAUGCCCGAUCAACAGAGAAAAAACAAUGGAGCACACAGUGUGCCAUGUAAAUACUGAGGUUGCAAAUGCUAAUAGCAACUCGGCAGAAAAUACUCCCAGCGUAAUAUCUAAUGUUGCAUCGGAUAAGGAUGCAAGUUCUAUCAUCGAAGAGGAUCCUAUUGUGAGCAAUGGAGCAGGCAUUGGCAAUGCUACAGCAUCAAAUCUUGAGACAGGAAGUGCAUCUCAGAAUGAAAAUAUUGCAGUGCCUUCCAUCAAUGAAAAUGUGCUAAAUAGUCCUAGAGAAUUGGACGGGUUCUACGACAAUGUGGAAGAGUAUUCCCUCGAUGGUGCUAAAGAUGAUAUUUUGAGUGAUAUGCUAUCCGAGAUAGUCUGUGCAGCGGAUAGCAACACCUUGGUCUAUGACACAGUGAACGUAGAAGAAGUUUUGAGUAAGUACGAGACAGUAAAGAAAGAGGAAACAAAAAAAAUAAGAGAAAUUCUGGCAGAAACAGGAAUACGGUUUUUGGACAACCUUUCGCUCAGCAACAGAAGAGAAACACUGUCCAAAAUACGAAAUAAAGUAGAGAACGGGGAUGUGAUAUACUAUAAGGACUUUGUACAGAGAAGAAUAGAAAUGCAAAACAUGCUGUCUGCUGGGCUGUCUGCAGAGAUAGAAAAAACAAGAGACGAAACAGAAAUUAUAGAAAGAGAAGUAGACUGCACAGGACUGUCGUCUAUCGACAGAAAUACGCUGCUUUCAAAGCUGCGGCAGAUGAAGUCUGAUGCAAGAAAAGAAGGGAAGGCUCACUGGCACAAAAAGAGGCUGGAAGUAGAAAAAGAAUUUCUCAAGAAAACCGAAGACCUCUAUGCAGAUUACGAAAAAGAAAAACAGCAGCUAAGCGAAAAGAUCAGGAAAAUGAAAAAAGAAACAGAAAGCAUAAACAUAAAGGAGCUCGAAGCGAAAGAAAAAGCGAUGAAGGAGAUUCUUGUGACAGUUGGAACGCUUUCUCAGGAGGAAGUAGGAAGGUUUGUAGAAGAAGUCGAAAAAAAGAAAGAGGUAGAAAAAGCACUGGAGGCGCAGUAUAGCGAGCUCCUUAAAGACGCACAUGAAGUGAAAAAGAAAGAUGCGGAAACCACACAAAUAAUAGAAACAGAGAAGGCUGAAAUACAAUCUUUGCAGGAUGGGCUUCAUGUGGCAGAAGUGCAGAAAGACGACUUGGAGCAGAUAAAGUCUGCAGUCCAAAGAAUGGAGGUGAUACUUGGCGUCAAAAUACUUGAAAUAUCGCACAGCAGGCUUCUGAUGUCAAUAUGCGAUAUAGUUAUAACAGUGAUAUACGAUGGAGCAACGAUUGUGGAUGUGUACGCAGAGACAAAAGCAAAAAGUCUAUUUAAGGAAUUUAUCUCUCUAUCAGUCGGCUCGGUUUUGGUUUCAAUGGGCCUGCUAGUGGAGAGCAUGCCGGUGGUUAUAAGAUACAUUUUGGAAAUGGCAUCGAUUGAGAAAGAAGUUAAAAAGCUUGGAGUGUCUGUCCCGUACGAGAUACACCACACAGAGAAGGAAAUGUCAAUACAGUUCAUGAUAAGAAAAGGAAAAAGCGGACAGAUGGGACAGGUAGUUGCAAUUUUCAAAUCGGGAAGCGUGGUACCUGAAAUAUCCAGCAAUAUUAAAGGAUUCCAGGUCUCCCGCAGUAGAUAUGGAAGCAUCUCAGAGUCAGUGGAUCAGGCAAGAAACAUAGCACACAUUAAAUAA